AUUAAUUUGAAAAGUACAGCAGUCCCUCCCACUGAACUUUGAUCAGGCAAAAACAACUUACCUAACUGCACAUUAUACUGCCUCUGAACACCAGUGGGAAAGAAUGUUCUUUCAUUUUUAAAAAGCAAUUUGCUGUAUGUGAUUUAUUCAAGCUUUCAAAAUGAUUGGAAACAAUUUUAUGAUCCUACUUUUGUUGUUUGUGACUCUGGGAGAAGCAAGGAAGUCAUUUCUCAGUUUUCAGAACACAGAAAAGACUGAAAUACUAUUUUUCACAAAGAUGGAAGAAGUGGUUAUUGUAAGGUCAAGCUACAAAGAUAAACGUCCUAACUCCAGCUACCUCUUUGUGCAAUUAGAAGAUCCUAAAAUACUGCAUGUGGUGAAUGUGACCAAGACCUCCUCGGAUGCUACCAACUUUACCAUAAACCUAAGGACAGAUGAAGAUGGCGAGACCAAUUUGACUAUUCAGCUCUGGGACUCUGAAGAAUUUUCCUCCUGUCAUGUACUGAGGUCUCUGUGAACUACAUUCAUAGUACCCAAUAAAGAUCUUUUUGGCUGUGUGGAACCAGUUUGUAACAAGCCACAAAGGAAUCUGAAUGCUAGACUCCCUAUGCCCCCGCACAUUCAUCACUUCACUUUCAGAAGGCAUUUGGAAGCAGAAUGGCCUCUUUAGACAGAUAAAACUGAGUUACCGGAGAUCAACUUAACUGUGAAGUAGCAGCUGAGGCCUCUAGAAUAAAACUGAACUUCUGCUCAUCUGAUGUAGGAAGCAAGAAAUGGUUUUAAUUUGAAGGAGUAAGAUAUUGAUCCUUCAUCUUACUUCAACUUGCUUAUUCUGAUUUUAGCUGCUUUGCCAAAUCAAUGGAACCAUGUUUGCUUAAAAAGGUUUAAAGAUGACUCUGAUGAUAUUUCUGCACAUGCCUGGAAAAUUUUAUUUAGUUACAAAUCAACACUUGUCACAUAUAUUAGGCAAGAUUUUAAUUUAAACUUAACAAUGAAGAAUCAAUUUUUUUUCUAGUUUCUGAAGAAUUUUUUAAAAUCAAGAAGCCAAAAAUAUCAUUUCAUAUACCAAUAGAGGUAUCCAAAU